ACCUCGAACCCCGCAACCGCCAGUGAAUCGCUGGGUAUUGUCGCGUUGGGAACCCCGCUUCCGCUUCGGAGUGCGAAUUCGCGGUGGUGAAGACGGGGAGCUCGGAGGAAUUCGUCUCUUACGUUUGGACAUCGCGAGAGAGAGGCUUCUCCCGAUGACGUGACGGCGACACGCGGUGAUCGAUCGCACCAUCCUCCCCCCUCCCCUCUUCCCCCCUCCUACUAAGGCCCUCGCGACAUCCCGCCUUCGUCCGAAUUGUCGCGGGCUCCGCAAUGUCACUGUGAUGUCGCGGUCCUAAUUGUAAGUCGAUUAGGCGAUUGACAUUUUAUAUCCCUUCGCGCGUGACAGCGGAGAGCUGCUGCUUGCGCGGUCGCGUACGUUGCACCGGAUAGUGGUUCCCCUGAGUCUCGCCGCCGAGUGAUCCCCGACGAGAGAGAGAGAGAGAACGAGAGAGAGAGAGAGUCCACGACGACACGGCCGGCGACAUGUCGAACGCGACGAAGCUGACGUACACCUGCGUCAACGAUCUCGUGCAGAAGGCCAAGAUCAACUUCGCGGGCAAGGACCCGCGCAACGUGCACCAGAGGCUCUCCGCGAUGCGGCAGAAGGCGGACCUGGCGAGGAAGCAGGGGGACGACGAGACCGCGUUCAUCCUCACGAAGAGGUGGCUGGACGCGGUCGAGUGGCUGAAGAGGAGUCACAAGUCCACGGCCUACGCCACGAGCACGACCGUCGAUCAGAUAAAUGAAGUGAAAAACGUGCUUGCAGACUUGAAGCAAAAGUUAGAUGUACGGUAUGAGCUUAGCUCCAAGAAGAAGUGCAACGAUAAGGUAGAGAUAAUGGAGGUAGAGACGGACGAGCGGGAGGCGCCGAACAGUGACAUUGGUUUGAAAUUGCCAGAAAUACCGACCGAGGACCCUUUGUAUAUUAGCCUACGUAGCGAUUGCGACAAGUUCAUAACGUGCAUUCAGUUGUACCAGUUAAUACAAAAGUCGUGUGUCAAAUACCUGAUUAUUGACACUAGGCAGAAGGCCCAUUACGAAAGUUCCAGGAUGUCGUCCGACAGAUGCAUCAACAUUCCACAGUCUGAAAUUAAAACAGGGUUACUGGCCUCUUACUUUGAAAAGUAUCUCGCAAACGACAAGCACUCUUACGACUUGUUUGUCAAUCGAUCGUCGCGGAACACAGAUGUUCUUAUCCUGCUAGACUGGAACAGUACACAGGACACUCUGACGCCCUACACUCAUGUAAACGUGCUGAAGAAUAUUUUCGAGAAGUGGGAUCCAGGCACGGAUCACAAGAGGAUUAAGAUUCUGAACGGGGGAUACCAGGCGUGGCUCGAGCGGUAUCCGGCAUUUACAACGAAUCCCAACAUCCAGAUGCCCGAGAUCAAGUACGUCGAAUUCGACGAGAAGAUUUUAGAGUCGUUUGAGUAUCCCGAUUACGUCAACUCCGACCCGGAAGACGAGAACAUGGAGAAGCAACGAACGAAGAACGAAUUUAAUAACGUGAGCGGCUUUAUCAAGGACGUGGAGAUGGAUCACGGUGACAAUAACAAGUCGGCGACGUCCAGGCACGCCAGGUCGAACAGCAACGACACCGUUUCUUCAGCCAAGUCGAAGAAUUUCGUCACUCACGUGACGAUAUCGAUCGACGACAAACGGCCGUCUCGAGGCGACGGUGCGAACGGGAAGUUGGGAAGUCCGGAACAUCCAGUGAUAGCUCAGCCUAGGGUAUCGUUGAACAAAGUACCGCAAAGCGAAGUGAGCGCGAAACCGGUGAUCGAUCGCAGCAGUAAACCGACCACCUUGAAGGCGCACGAUCCGCGGUGUAAGGAAGUAUUGAGGUACAUGAAAGAGUUGACCGAACUGGCGAGAUCGAAGUCGAAGCUCGCCAAUGAAUUGUUGGGCCAGGAAUACGAGCUUUAUUCGCAGCGUGAGGAGAAGUACAGUGCCAGCGAUGAGAGGUAUCUGCAAUCGGAGAUAAAAUCUCUGAAAGUUAAACUGGAGGACAUGCACAAAAUGUAUCUCAAAGUUGAAAAUGAGUAUAAGACAUAUUCGGAAGAAAAUUGUACGGAUACGAUUAAAUUCAAUCAAACUGACGACCAUGAAAAGAAGAACCUUGAAUUUACUCUCUCUUUGACGAAGAACGAACUCAAGGACAUUGAAACCAAAAGGAAAAAAUUACAGGAAGAAUUCCUGCAAAGAGAGCACAAGGAGAUAAUGAAGCAAAAUGACAGUGACGUUCACAAGGAACCCUUGAAGACGGACGGAGGUUCAUCCAUUAACACCGGCUUGGAGCGCUCUUACUCGAGUCCAAAUCUGCUGCAGUUGGGAGAUCGUAAAGCACCUCAGAUAGAUAGAACUUCUAAGCCACAUAUUUCGCCUCGAAAUCAGAAUGGAUUGGGAAUUGGCAAUGAGAACAUCAAAGUGUCUUCUCUUAGUUGGGGAAAUCGGGAGGAACGAAUGACCCCUAUUCACGGCUCUGUUCAUCCGGGUAUAACUGGCCUGAAGAACUUGGGCAAUUCUUGUUACAUGAACAGCAUCAUACAGUGCCUGAGUAACACGACGAACUUAGCGAAAUAUUUUACUGAUAAUUCGUAUGCUGAUGAUCUCAACACGAGUAAUGACAAUAUGACACAAGGCCAAGUAGUGGAGGAAGUGGCUCAAGUAAUUAAAGCGCUCUGGAGGGGUCAGUACAAAAGCAUAUCUCCUCACGACCUAAAGGUUGCAGUUGGUCAAUACAAAUUACAAUUUGAAAGUUACGAGCAACAAGAUUCUCACGAAUUCCUCACGUUCUUGUUAGACUGGAUGCAUAAUGAUCUUAAAAAGGACGUGAAAGUGCCGAUUGAAAUGACCAACGCGGAGAAGGAGUGGGACAAAGCGAUGAAUUCUCAGAGAUCUAUAAUAUCAGAUUUGUUUUUCGGACAAUUAAGAUCCACCAUUACAUGUUCAUUUUGCAAGCAAGCGAGUACUACAUACGAGACAUUUAAUAGUUUAACAAUGUCUUUAUCUCAGUCUAAUCGGUGUACUUUAAAUGAUUGCAUGGAAAAGUUUGUAAUAGGACAGAAAGUGAGCGGAUGGAAGUGUCCCAAGUGUCAGACACCGCGCGACGCGACGAAAAAGUUCGAUUUCGUCAAACUCGCGCCCAUCGUCGUGAUACACUUGAACCGCUUCGCCGAGAGCGGCGGAUGGCUGGAAAAGCGCAACACCGCCGUCGACUUUCCCCUCACGGGAUUCAACUUGAGGCCGUACCUCGUCACGGAGAACCCGAAGGCGAUCAUGUCGAACAAUAUUCGUAAUUACAAUUACAGUCUCUACGCGAUAUCAAAUCACUAUGGGACGAUGGACGGCGGCCACUACACGGCAUUUUGCAAAAAUGCUACUCAAAAUAAAUGGUACAAGUACGAUGAUCAAACUGUCACGGAGGUGUCGCCGAGCCAAGUGAAGUCUCAAAACACGAGUGCCUAUUUAUUGUUUUAUACGUCAUUUCCCAACACGAUCAUGUAGUAUGAGGACACGGCCGCGGAUAUAAUCAAGAUUCAAUUAUGACGAAAGUCUUCAGUGUGAUAUUACUUAAGGGGAAAGAGUACACACAACGGGAAUAUGAUUUUCGCUCUGUAGAUAUUAAAAGCGGUUAUAUAUUUUGUAUGAUAAAUCUCCUAUGCGCGAGCAAAACGUAUAGGGGCUAGUAGUGACGAAUGAAAGCUUCAUCGGUGCCGGCAUUCAUUGAAAACAUGUAAAUACGUAUGGCGAUUUUUCUGCAUCUCCGCAGUCUGUCGCUUUAGGGGAUAAAGCAAAAGGUAUAAUUGUACCCGAGAAUAUUUUAAUAUGUGUAUAGCUUUGUAUAAUUAUAUUAACAUAGGUAACAUUAGUCGUAUUACAUUACGUUCGUUUGAUAAAAAGACGCCUUGUAUUAUUGUAUAAUUGUAGCCGGACCGUCACUCUUGUCUUGUAUAUCAAAACGAGGCGGAAGGGGCCAUAGUUCCUUGCCUUAUCGAGUAACUUAGACAUACAUUUUCGAGGAAUUUAUUCGAUUUUGGAAUCCAUCUGUUAAAAAUAUGUUUUCUGUUCAAUCACAUAUUUUGCACAAAUGGUUUUCGAUCAGUCAUCAUCAAUAGCGUUUAACAUAGAUAAAAAAUAAUGCAUACGUCGUAUGCGGUUUAGAUGGAUUAGCAGCACACUGACUGCCUUCUUUGCUGCGCUGCCAGUAUUGUCGCAACGUACCGUUUUGUACGUGAAGCAAAGCGCUUCGUUGAAACGUACGCUUCUUAAAAAAAAAAAGAAAGAAAAGUUGAGUAGGAUUCCGUUACGUAUGAACUUGUAUUCAUGUGUAUGUAAAUUGGCUUCGAGCAGCCCAAAGAAAUUUGUAAUUAGUCAUAAAUGUAAUAUUUCUAUACAUCACAUUUCAGUGAAGGCUGUACGUAACAUCAUAUUCUUUGCAAGUACGAACUGCUUUCACACUUCAUGGCAACACGUUCAUAUAUAUAAUUAUAUGACAUAAUUUGUAUAUAUGAGUUGUAUUCCCACGAAUAAAAUAUGUACACAUAACAAUCCUCGAAUACUUUUAUGUAUCUGCCAUACAUAUUGAUACAGAAUGUGAAAGCAACUUGCGCUCGCAAAAGCUAGAUUAGAAGAAUCUUGCGGCAACUCGCUAGUUCAUUACGCAACUCAUAUCAUGAUUUUAUUAUUGCCAUAUCAUAAUUAUAUUAUUAUUAUGAUUAUUCAUGAGGUAAUAUACAUCUAAAGUGUCAAAGGACAACGUCAAUAACAUUACAAUUUUGUGCAAUGUAUCUCUGUUUCUUUAAAUUUACCCGUAUUCUUUUACAAGAAAGCACGUAUACGUAAUGCUUUACCCUUCUGUGUUUUGAUCGUGAGAUAUGCUGUGCUAAUAUUUUCAAAGACACGAAUCAGCCAUUGCGAACACCGAGUGUUCAUGAUAAAGUACUGCGAUCAGCCAUUGCGAAUGCUCAAAAUAUCCGAAAAGUUCGCGGUGUCGUUUGCGUUACUAUUUAAGAACACUAAUGUAAUUAAAACGUGUUUUAAGAAGCGACGAGAUAUACUUAUAUCAAACAAUUCCUUUGACUAUUUCAGCGUGCUACCUUCAAUCUUUUAGUUAUCGUUCCAUUCACGUGAGAGAUAUCAGAAUUUUAAUUUAUAGACGAUUGAACGAUUAUUUCUACUUAUGUUUAUUGUAUUAAUGCUAUUCUCUUCGUCGUAUUUGCAUUUUUAAUAUGCAUUAAAAUGUCCCUAUUAUGAUUAGGUAGGCAUAUUGUUUGACUGCAUUCUUUCUUUGAAUUAUAGAAUUUUUUCAACGCGAAUAUACGUAUUUCCAAUUAAUUACUUUAUUCUUGUCAGCUUCCAGCUUCGAAAAAAAUCCAAUUUCACAAAAUAUAUUAAUAAAGCAUAUAAAAAUCCAUAAUGUAUAUUGCAAUAUAAAUUGACGCCUAAUUAAAUUUUAUAAUUAAAUAAUUAUAAAAGAAUUGUACAAUUAGAAAUUAAGGCAAAAUAAUCUUCGCUUUAAUAAAAAAAACAUCCAUGGAA